AUGAGCGGGUCCUUGGGCCGAGCGGCGGCGUCUCUUCUCCGCUGGCCUCGCGGUGCGGGCAGCGGCGGCCUGUGGGCCCUGGUCGCGCGGGCGGCGGGCUCGGGCGGCGGCGGCGGCCGAUCGGCGGAUCAGCUGGAUGCACUGGUGAAGAAGGACAAGGUGGUGGUGUUCCUUAAGGGGACCCCGGAGCAACCUCAGUGCGGCUUCAGCAACGCCGUGGUGCAGAUCCUGCGGCUGCAUGGCGUCCAGGACUACGCGGCCUACAACGUGCUGGACGACCCCGAGCUGCGGCAAGGCAUCAAGGACUACUCCAACUGGCCCACCAUCCCCCAGGUGUUCCUCAACGGCGAGUUCGUGGGCGGCUGUGACAUCCUCCUGCAGAUGCACCAGAACGGGGACCUGGUGGAGGAGCUGAAGAAGCUGGGCAUCCGCUCCAUGAUGCUCGAUGAGAAGCAGGGCCAGGACUCCAAGUGA